AUGAGCAGACUUAGUAACCUGUCAAGCUUCAAACAGAGCCAGCUUAGUCACUUGAAUAGUCAGCUCAUGCAGCUCCAGUCUAAUCUCCAGGACUUUGAUGAGUUGAUCGAUACGACGUGUUACCAGUUCAAGUCGAUUCAGAAUCUUGGGAUUAGCCAUGGGUCGUUGUUUAUGGCGUGUCACCGGGUGUUUGACAAGGACAACUUUACGAAUGAUAACGAGAGUGGGGAGGAAUAG